GAAGCCGUUUCCGAAAUUGGCUAAACCUCCAGAGUAGAGUAAAGAAGAACCCUAAUCACAGUUGUUCAUACCAUUUCACUUUACGAUUUGCGAAUCAGACAUGAGUCACUAAACGGCAAACCAAAAAAGAGGAUUUCAUCAACCACCGAUCCACGAAAUUGCAAAAGACAGACUCCAUGGGUUCAGUCAACUACGAAGAUGAAACACGGUCAGUGAUUAGCGACGUUGGAGAUAUAGGCAACGUGGAUUUUGCAAAUGAUGCAUCGUUAUACAACUACAAUCCAGCGAACGAGGGCCCAAUUGUUGUUUCAGUUCCAUUUCCGUUGGUCGAAGGGAAGCCACAGUUUGUAGUUGUGGGUGAAACAAUAUACAACCCUAUAACCAUUGAGAACACAUCCACUGAUCCAGUAACAUUAUGGUCGGUCGAGAUAUACGAUUCUAAACCCAAAGACUCCUUUACUCUCUCUUUGAUGGAACCUCCCUCACCUAAUUCGGAUGAGGAAUACAUCAAAUCAUUUGUAGAGUCUUUUUCCAUGGAGGACAGGAUGUUGGUACCUGGUAAAACAUUGACCAUUUGGUUAUCAUGCAAAGCUAAGGUCAAAGGCCUGCACACAACAGCUGUGCACUUUAAUGUUGAUGAUGAUAGGAUCGAACGCAUGGGUUUUAUUAUGGUGGAAGAUAAGAUCUCACGCUCAUUGACUAGUAACAAGCCGUACAGCCGACCUGCUAGAAACAACAAACCACUAAUCCCCAGAAUAUUUUCCCCCAAUCGUAAUAAUGUGGGCGUCAAAGUAAUUAGGGGAUCUCGUCCUGCAAAGGGUAAUAGUCGAGCAUACAAAUAUAAGCUUCCAGAAUAUCCAAUUCCCCAGGCUAUAAGGGAGGUAAUUGAAAGUAAGGGGACUCCUGAGUCUCUAAUCGAAGGUUUAACCAUGAAGAAUUAUGUCCCUUUCUUUCGAACCUUGAUUAUUAUGGAAGAAAUUAAACUCGAGGAUGACAUGAGAACUUAUGAUAUGCAAAAUGUCACUUUCAAGAGAAAAGGCGUGUUCCUUACCCUUGAAGUCCCGGGCCUUGCGGAGAGAAGACCAUCAAUCGCAAGGGGAGAUCUCAUUAUUGCAAAGUCUGUAUCCCACAAUGAACAAAAUGUGCCCCCUCUGUAUAAGGGGUAUAUCUUCCGUGUUGAGGCUGAACAAGUUCUCAUAUCAUUCCAUGAAGAUGUUCACAGUUACCAUUCUGAAGGUGAUCUCUACGACGUACAAUUUGAAUAUAAUCGACUCGGGAUGCGAAGGUUGUACCAAGCUUUAGAAGCUUCUGGAAAGCUUGAUGCAGAAUUUCUGUUCCCCGAAUUUUCUUCAAAUCAGAGAUGUAUAGAUACCCGCCCGCUGGUCCCUUUUUCUUGUAAUCUUAACGAGGAGCAAUUGAGUUCGAUUGAGAUGAUUCUCGGUUGCAAAGGGGGCCCACCUUAUGUUGUUCACGGUCCACCUGGUACCGGUAAAUCCGUGACCCUUACUGAAGCCAUUCUUCAGCUAUACAAAAACCAAAGGAGUUCCAUAAUUCUCGUAUGUGCACCUUCAAAUAGUGCAGCAGAUCAUCUCUUGGCAAGACUCGUUUGUGAGAAUGCUGUUAAUAUUCGGAAACAGGAUAUACUUAGGCUCAAUGCAUCGGCUCGUCCGAUAGAUGAUAUCAAAUCGGAGUUUCUUGAUUUCUGUAGUAUAGAUGAAGAAGAGAUGGCCUUUAGUUGUCCUAUAUUUGAACAGCUUAUAAGAUAUAGGAUUAUAGUAUCCACAUACGCAAGUGCUGCUCUUCUAUAUGCCGAAGGUCUUAAAACCGGCCACUUCACACAUAUCUUCCUGGACGAAGCAGCCCAGGCGUCCGAGCCGGAAACAAUGAUCCCGAUAUCUCAUUUUUACAGGCGGAAUACGGUCGUGGUUCUUGCUGGAGAUCCCGUGCAGUUGGGUCCCGUAAUCUUUUCCAAAGAUGCUGAAAGUUACGGUUUAGGGAAAUCGUUCAUGGAGAGACUCUGUGAAUCAAAGUUUUAUAAAGAUGGUGAUCAGAACUACGUGACGAAAUUGGUUAGAAAUUAUCGUUGCCACCAACACAUACUGUCACUUCCUUCGGAGUUGUUCUAUAAAGGGGAGUUAGUCGCGUGCAAAGAAGAUGAUACCUUGUACCCGUUAACGUGGAAGGAUUACAUAAAGAACCCGGAGUUUCCGGUUCUUUUUUUAGGUGUUCAAGGCGUGGAUGAGAGAGAGGGGAAUAACCCAUCAUGGUUUAAUAGAAUUGAGGCAAGUGAGGUGGUGGAGGUGAUCAUUAAUUUGAAAGAUAGGGGGAUAAAGAAUGAAGAUAUUGGGGUGAUAACGCCAUACAGACAACAGGUGCUUAAAAUAAGCAAAGCACUUGAGGAGUUUGUUGGGUCGGAGAUUAAAGUUGGGACUGUGGAGUCCUUUCAAGGCCAAGAGCGGGAGGUGAUAAUAGUAUCAACUGUUCGUUCAACGAUCAAGCAUAAUGAGACCGACAAGAGACAUUGCUUGGGAUUUUUGAGUAAUCCGAGGAGGUUUAAUGUUGCCAUCACUCGAGCCAGAUCAUUGCUGAUUGCUAUUGGAAACCCACAUAUUAUAUGCAAGGAUGAACACUGGAACAAAUUGCUUUGGCAUUGUGUUGAUAACGAUUCUUAUAACGGCUGUUUUCUCCCGGAGAAGGAAGAAGUUGUGGAAGCGGAAUCUGAGAGUUACAACUGGAAUAGUGGGGGGAACCAGACAAGUUGUGGUAAUUGGAACGAGAUCAAGGAGGGAGAAGCCUACAAUUGUGGGGAGGAGUCAACUUGGGAACCUACCGGUGACUGGGAGAAUGAUAACAGUAACAACAACGACCACGGUGACUGGGAGAAUGAUAACGGUAACAACAACAACAACAACGACAAUAAUGAUUGGGGGCCUACCGGUGAGUGGGAGAAUGGUAAUGAUUGGGGGGUUCCGGAGAACUCAGCAACAACUAGCAAACAAAAUGAUUAUAGUGGGUGGUAGUAUUACUCAAAUCGUUCUGGGUGGUUGGUUGCUUCUGUGAUUGCUGAUGAAACAAGUUUUUGCCUCAAUCAAGACUGGAUCUAAAUUCUUGUUUAUUUAUUGAUGCAUAUGUUUGUUUUUUUUAUAUAUUUUUUGGUACUUCGAUCCCAAUCUACUGACAUUAAAUUAGUAUUCAGGAAUUUGGUUGUCAA